GCCGGUGGGUUUCGGGCCGGUGCGGUACUAUGGAUCCCGCGAACAGCGCUCAGCCCGGCGAGAGAGGAACCGAACAUGGACACAUUCCCAUCGCCAAAUCACCGGGAGGAGCGCAGAAGAAGAAGAUAGAGCAGGAGAAGCUGUCCGGCGUCGUGAAGAGCGUCCACCGCAAACUGCGGAGAAAAUACAGAGAAGUGGGGGAUUUUGAGAAGAUCUGGCGGGAGCACUGUGAGGAUGAGGAGACGCUGAGCGAGUACGCCCUGGCGAUGAAGAACCUGGCCCACAACCACUGGACCAAGAGCUGCGAGGGGGAGGGCCGCAUCGAGUGGUGCCGCAGUGUUUGCCAGGAGUACUUUCUGGAUGGAGGGAUGAAGAGGAUGCUGGACAAGGAUGAGAAGACUGCAAGGCUCGGCACGGGAAAGGCCCCUGCAACCCCACCGUAUCAGAACAAUGGACCACACUGGUCCAGUCUGCAGACAGGAAGGAUCCGCUUGCUGGAUGUGGGCAGCUGUUUCAACCCCUUCCUGAAGUUUGAUGAAUUCCUCACCGUGGGGAUUGACAUAGUGCCUGCCGUGGAGAGCGUGUACAAGUGCGACUUCCUCAACCUUCAGCUGCAGCCGCCCCUGCAGCUGGAGCGGCAGGCCGUGGACACCUUCCUGCAGCAGCUGCGCAGCCCCAUCGACGCCCUGCCCGCCGAGCUCUUCAACGUGGUGGUGUUCUCCCUGCUGCUGUCGUACUUCCCCUCACCCUACCAGCGCUGGAUCUGCUGCAAGAAGGCCCACGAGCUGCUGACGCUGCACGGCCUGCUGCUCAUCAUCACGCCCGACUCCUCCCACCAGAACCGCCACGCCCCCAUGAUGAAGAGCUGGCGGGUGGCCGUCGAGUCGCUGGGCUUCAAGAGGUACAAGUACGUCAAGUUCUCGCACAUGCACCUGAUCGCCUUCCGCAAGGCCUCGCUGCAGACCUCCAGCGACCUGGUGAGCCGCAACUACCCGGAGAUGCUGUACAUCCCGCAGGACUUCAACGGCGCCGAGGAGGAGGAGGACGAGGAGGCGCGCGCGGAGGCGCCGGCGCCCCUGCGCUCCGAGCUGGAGGAGGAGCAGCUGGCCUGCGGCUUCCUGGAGCUCCCCGACGCGCCCUAUGACUCCGACUCGGGCGAGAGCCAGAGCAGCUCCGUCCCCUUCCAGGAGCUGGAGGACCCCAUCCUGCUGCAGAGCUGAGGGGGUGGGGCCAGCUGCGAAAAAGCACGCCCGUCUGCCCCAGCCGCCGCGUCACCAAACUAACCCGCUGUCCCACCCCCCCACCCCACGCUCUCCCC